AUGACUAAGCGAAAGCGGCCUCAGAUCAGCGCUCCUCAGCCUAUCUCUGACCCUCGCUCGACCACAAGUAAAAGUAAUUGGCCUCCUCCCGCUGCGACUGUUGCUGCUGCUGCUGCUCCAGGUGCUGCGGCCUUGAGCAAACCUGGUGUUACAGAUGCUUCCCCUCCUCGAAAACCACCGCUAAGCGGUGCCACCUCGGAUCUCGUCAAGCGGAGAUACUCCACUCGAUACAACCAGCAGUUCAAUUUCGAUAUCCCAGAUGUUCCCAGUCUGCCAUCUGGUAUCCAAGCACCAGCUGGCAAUGAAUCUCAAAUUCCCGGCCAACCUCUCCGCGUUGAGGUCAAUGCGUUGAGAGACCCCAAUCUGGCAGUGGAAAAGUACGUCACGACUCUCUUGGCGAAUGCCUCUGAAGAAGACAUCAGAGAAUAUCAGAACCAGCUGCGGAAACUCAAGAACAGAACAUCUACGGAUCUGCAACAAAGUGUCUAUAGGAAUCGCACCCAAUUUAUCAAGAUCAGCAAGGAAGCCGAGAAACUCAAGGGGGAGAUGAACACGCUUCAAGGUCUCAUGUCGGAACUCACUACCGCCCUUGGUCAGGCGAACGCAACUAAUGGCUCCAAUGGAAUGGCUGCAAGCUUCGACGAAGCUUCAAUCGCUAAACGACAUCCAAAUCGUAGUUCUGUUGCUAAUCUUGAAACUAUGUGGAAUGUCCAACUCCAAGCGCUAUGGAAGACUGUCGAGCGAUCUCAGAAGUUCCUGCCCGCGAUCCCUGGUCGCCAUAUCAUACUUGAAAGUGGGCAAUGGGUUGAGCUUGAUUCUGCAACGUGGAAGCCCAAACGGCCCGUCCAUCUUGUCCUCCUCAACGAUCAUCUCCUUGUGGCUGCGAAGAAACGGAAAAGAGUAGAUCCAAACAGUCAGAAUAUGAAGGGCCCUGCCCCGACUAAACUUGUUGCAGAAGAGUGUUGGCCGUUGCAGGAUAUCGACGUGAUUGACCUUACAACUAAUCUCGACGCAUAUGGAAUGAGUCAAGAAGCCGAAGACCGGGGAGUCCCAAAUGCUGUCAAUAUCCGAUGUGGCCAGAAGUCGUUCACCUAUCGAAGCGAUAAACGGGAGGGCUCCGCGAAAUCAGAUCUCCUAAUGUCGUUCCGCAAAGCGCUCGAGGAUUUACGGAAGUUGAUGCGGACAGAAACUGAAACAAGUUCUAAGACUGCUGACGCCCCGAACAGUAGCUUAUCCCUUUCAAGAGGAUCUCAUAUCUUCGAUAAUAGAACCGGCUCCCGCGACAAAUUCGAUGUACUCAUUGAUGUGGAUGGAAAGCAGCAAAAUAUGAGAUGGGUUGAAGGCCAGCUGGACGAGCUUGAUAUUGAUACCGCCCUUCAACGUUUCGACAACGCGGUGUCGCGGGUUGAGCAGCUGCGAAAGCUCGCGAAGAGUAUAAAAGGGAACCUUAUAGCCCAAGAUAUGAUCUUGUCAAAAAUCGAUGAACGAGCUCUAAAACUGGCAGAGACGAUCCUGCGUGCCUUGGUUGACACCCAUUCCUUCCUUGCAGCAACCAAGACGAACAUAUCCUGGCUUUCCCGCCUAGGUUUCGACGAUAGGGCACGCGAAGCCUUCUUACACACCAGGACGGAAGUAAUCACAAAACGCGCACGCCAGUGCGUCUUCGAAGGAGACCUGCGCCUAUACAUAUUCCAAAUAUCCUACGUCUACUUUACGCUGAUAAAAAACACUAUCGGAAUCUACCAGCACUGCUUUCAGGCGCCAAUGACGAGCGCAUGCAUAAAAUGGGCCAAGGAGCAAUUGGAUAGCUUCAACGCAAUCCUUGUCCGGCAAUUGAGCAGUGUGGAACCUGAAAGCUCCGUUUGGCAGGGCUGCAUGGAAACAGUCCAUGAGCAUGCCGCGCUGUUGUUGGAGGUCGGUGUUGAUUUCAAGGAUUUAGUUGGCAAGGGACUACCCACAAGCACAGCCGGGAACAUGUCCACAAGCACGGGACAGGAGAUUCCAUCACCUUCUUGA